GCGAACGCGGCUGGUUGUCCUCGCUCCUCGAAAACGGAAACAUAAACUUCAACUCGAACCCAAAGCGAACAGUGAAUAUACGAAGUAAAAUUAAACAAAGACUCGAAUUCGCGAGUGUGUGACGGGGAGUUUUUCUAAGUGUGUGCCGUGUUGCAUGUUGGCUUUUGGAGACUCGAAACUGAAUACUAAGUAGUGUGUGCUCGUGGUAACUUGUAUAAGAUGCUGGAGUUUUACCCAAUGCCCACGAAUCUGAAUCCAGUCGGUGGCAGCUUGUACUCGCUGCAACAGAAUCAUGGCGGGGCACGCUUCCUGGACAAUCCCAAUCCCGGCAGCAUGACAGCCAACGGCAGUAAUUCCCUGCACCUCAGCAAUAACAAUAACAACAACAGCAUUUCCGGCAACAACAGUCCCACAACAACGGCUUCAUUAACGGGGCAGCAGCAACAGCAUCAGCAGCAACACCCCCACCAGCAACAUCAGCAACACCAGCAGCAACACGCAGCCUCGACCACGCCAGUGCCAAUUAACAGCUGCCCCACGCCCACAGGACACAGCCCCCUCAACAGCAACAGCAACAACAACAACAGCAACAACAAUAAUAAUAAUGGCAGCAGCAACAACAACCUCAACUCCGCCUGCAACACAUUAACAGCUGCUGCUGUUGCUGCUGCUGCCGCUGCUGUGGCAGCUCCAUCGGCGGCAGCAACCUCAGUUGCCACCUCGCAAUUAGGCGGAGCAGUUGCUGCUGCCAUUGCUGCUGCCGCUGCGACGACAGCAACAUCGGCCCCCGCGGCAACAGGAAACGGAAAUGGCAAUGGGGGAAGCGGAAGUGGAGGAACUGCUGCUUCUGCUGCUGCUGCUGCCGCUUCUGCUGCAGCAACGGCCUCGGCAGCAGCGGCAUCCAAAUUGUCUGCCGAUUGUAGUGGACGCACAGAAGUGGGUCACAUCAAGUGCGAGAAGAACUUCGAGCUGUGCGAGGGCUGCGGCCAGAAGAUCCACGACCGCUUCCUGAUGAACGUGGGCGAGGCCAACUGGCACGAGCAGUGCCUGGCCUGCUGCUACUGCGGGAUGCAGCUGCACCACACCUGCUACGUGCGCAACUCGAAGCUCUACUGCAAAAUGGACUACGACCGACUGUUCGGGGUGAAGUGCGCCUCCUGCUGCCACGCGAUCCUGCCGCAGGAGCUGGUGAUGCGACCCAUUCCGAACUUCGUCUUCCACCUGCCCUGCUUUGUGUGCUACGCCUGCCGGUUGCCGCUGCAAAAGGGUGAGCAGUUCCUGCUGCGGGAUGGCCAGCUCUUCUGCUACCGCCACGAUCUCGAGAAGGAGAUGUUCCUGGCCGCCGCCGCCGCUCAGCAUUGCGGGUUCGUUGGCCUGGACGAGGAGGAUCUGCUGAGGCCACGCGAUGGCAGGAGGGGCCCGAAGCGACCCCGCACCAUCCUCACCUCGCAGCAGCGCAAGCAGUUCAAGGCCUCCUUCGACCAGUCACCCAAGCCCUGUCGCAAAGUGCGAGAAGCCCUGGCCAAGGACACCGGACUUUCGGUUCGCGUGGUGCAGGUGUGGUUCCAGAAUCAGCGGGCCAAGAUGAAGAAGAUCCAGCGGAAGGCCAAGCAGAGUGGCGGCUCCGGGGGAUCUGGCAGUGGGCGUGGCACGGGCAACUCGAGUGCCAACGAUGACAAGGACACCAACGAUAAGGACGACAAGUGCGUCAAGCAGGAGUUGGGCGGAGACAGCUCGGGAUAUCUGGGCGCGAUGGACAACACUUUCGCAAGCCAGCCACUGAAUCCCAACUUGCCCUUCUCACCGGAUGACUAUCCGGCUAACUCGAACGACAGCUUCUGCAGCUCGGACCUCUCGCUGGAUGGCAGCAACUUCGACCCGCUGGACGACGAUGCGGACUCGCUGUCGCUGAACAACCUGGAGCUGCAGUCGACCAGCUCCUCGGGCAACCAGCAUUCGCACUCGCACUCCCACUCGAAUCCCCACGACAUGCUGGCCAACCUGAACAACAGCCUGAUAAACCCCAUCGACAAGCUGUAUCUUAUGCAGAACUCGUACUUCAGCUCCGAGCACUAGGCACUAGCACUCGAUUAAGCGAUCGAGGGAUAGAGACGAAUUUAUUAGCGUUAGAGUGGCAGAAUCCGAGUGGAAAGGACACCGGGUCCUUGCUGUUACUUUACACGUAGCGCGUAGUUUUCACCUCCGCAUUCGGCGCUUGAGGCGGCGGCAUUAAGUUGGAGUUGUAGAACCAGAUACAAGAUACAUCAAAUGUGAUUUUUUUAAGCUAAUUGAAAUUUUAAGAUUCUUGGCGAUUUGAACGCGGCGCAAAGAGGCGGACAGCAAAUUUUGUUGUUAGUCUAGACUCUAGAGGCAAAGGAAUGUAGAAUACCCGAAAUGGUUAAUCGGUCAAUAUGUGCCCCCUAUGUUUGUAAAUAGUUUUAGCCCCCCGAGAAAAUUGUUAUUAAAUGUAAUUUAAAAGUCAAUAAUUGUAUUAGCAAGUGCAAUUUAAUCUGUUCCC